UCACUGGCCUCCUGCCCUCUUUUUUGGGACCCCUCUGUCCUGGCCUUUUAACUGCUGUGUCUGUGUCAGCCUCUCCACAGCCUGGCAGCCCUGGCACAAGCCUGCUUCAGCCCCAGCCCCAGCUUCACUAGGAGGAGCUCAGAAAAGGACGGUUGCAUGAAUGAGCAGAGGUGAGCCGUGUUCCCAGGUCUCUGGACAGACUGGUAGAUCCGGACAUGCCACUCCAUCAGCCCUGGCCCAGGGCCCCUUCCUGAGCCAAGGCCAGCCCCUUGGCAUUCUUCCAGCAAUGCUGAGUCCUGAGCGGAUGCGGACCCACUCUGCAUGUGGCCCUGGACUGAAUGCUUCCUCCAUCAUCUCAGGACCGUGAAGCAGGUCAUGGCUUCCAGCUUCUCGGACCUGAGGCUCCAACAGAGGAAAUGACCAUCAGGGACCCUGCUCCAGACCCAUUACGGAGACUGAACCUUCACGGGGUGCGAACCUGCCUGGGACAGGGAAGCUUCUCUCUUUGAAGGGCUUUACAUUUGUCACAGAGAAAGUAAAGAUGACGACUUCGUCUAUCAGACGGCAGAUGAAAAACAUCGUGAACAAUUACUCGGAAGCCGAAAUAAAGGUCCGGGAAGCCACCUCCAACGACCCGUGGGGCCCGUCCAGCUCCCUGAUGACGGAGAUCGCGGACCUGACCUACAACGUGGUGGCCUUCUCGGAGAUCAUGAGCAUGGUGUGGAAGCGGCUCAACGACCACGGCAAGAACUGGCGGCACGUGUACAAGGCGCUGACGCUGCUCGACUACCUCAUCAAGACGGGCUCGGAGCGCGUGGCCCAGCAGUGCCGUGAGAACAUCUUCGCCAUCCAGACCCUGAAGGACUUCCAGUACGUCGACCGCGACGGCAAGGACCAGGGCGUCAACGUGCGCGAGAAGGCCAAGCAGCUGGUGGCCCUGCUGAAGGACGAGGAGCGGCUGAAGGCCGAGCGGGCCCAGGCGCUCAAGACCAAGGAACGCAUGGCCCAGGUGGCCACCGGCAUGGGCAGCAGCCAGCUCACCUUCGGCCGGGGCUCCAGCCAGCCCAACCUGUCCACCAGCUACUCGGAGCAGGAGUAUGGCAAGGCCGGGGGGUCGCCGGCCUCCUACCACGGCUCCACCUCCCCACGGGUGUCCUCAGAGCUGGAGCAGGCGCGGCCGCAAACGAGCGGGGAAGAGGAGCUGCAGCUGCAGCUGGCGCUGGCCAUGAGCAGAGAGGUGGCCGAGCAGGACGUGCGGCCUGCCAUCGACGGGAGGUGCAGAACUCUCAUGGGGAAAAUGGGGCAGACGGACGGGCCAGCCCGUUGUAGUUCCUUGCUCCUGUCUUAUGGUGAAGACGCAGAAGAGCGCCUCAGGCGGGGAGAUGACCUCAGGUUGCAGAUGGCCUUGGAAGAAAGCCGCAGAGACACAGUUAAAUUUCCAAAAAAGAAAGAGCAUGGCUCCCACCCGCAGCAGACCACGCUGUUGGACCUGCUGGACGCUCUGCCCGGCGCGGGCCCUGCUGCCCCGAAGGCGGAGCCCUGGGGCCCUUCCGCUUCAGCCAGCCACACCAACCCCUGGGGUGCUCCGGCAGCCCCCGGCAGCACUUCGGACCCCUGGCCGUCAUUCGGUGCCAAGCCAGCCACCUCCGUCGACCCAUGGGGGGUGCCCACCGGAGCCGGCGCACGCUCCGUCCCCAAGGGCUCCGACCCCUGGGCCGCCCCGCAGCAGCCAGCCCCCAGUGCCGGGAAAGCCGCUGACCCCUGGGCUGCAGCGUCAGCCGCCAAGCCCGCGUCCCCCUCUGGGGCUUUUGAUCUCUUCAGUAAUUUGAAUGGUACAAUUAAAGAUGACUUUUCUGAAUUUGACAACCUCCGAACUUCAAAAAAAGCAGCCAAGGCGGCGUCUCCGCCGGCCCAGAACAGUGGAACUACCAGCCCCGACCCCUUUGAGUCCCAGCCCGCGACCGUGGCCUCAAGCAAGCCCAGUGGCACCCGGAAAACCCCCGAGUCCUUCCUGGGCCCCAACGCAGCCUUGGUGAACCUGGACUCGCUGGUGGCCAGGCCAGCCCCGCCGGCGCAGUCCCUCAACCCCUUCCUGGCCCCAGGUGCCGCCGCGGCCUCAGCCCCGGUCAACCCCUUCCAGGUGAACCAGCCACAGCCGCUGACGCUGAACCAGCUGCGGGGGAGCCCGGUGCUGGGGAGCAGCACGUCCUUCGGGCCCGGCCCGGCUGUGGAGCCCGUGGCUGUGGCCUCCGUGACGUCCGCAGCCUCCCACCCAGCCCUGGGGGCUGGCGGCUCCUCCCUGCCACCGCUGGGCCCCGCUGCGGUGAACAUGGUGGGCAGCCUGGGCGUCCCCCCGUCAGCAGCUCAGGCCACCGGCACAACCAACCCGUUCCUCCUCUAGUGUCCCCCCCCCCGGGACCCGCCGCAGAGCAUCCGUGCCGAGGACGCCAGGCAGGGGCUCUCGCCUGUGGAAUGGGGUCUGAGAGUGGGGUGGGUGUGCAGAGGGUGUCUUUGCGGCCCUGGCCCUCAGCCUGAGGGUCGAGAGGUGGCGGGCUUAUUGAGGCGUCAUCACGCGGCACGUGGGUCCCCGAGCCUGUGUCGGGCGGGAGGACCCCUGACCCAGCCUGGCCGCAGGCCCGGCCCCCGUGGAGAUCCGCCAGCCCUCGGGGGCCUUGGGUGAGGAGGCGGCAGUGCUCGGUGCUGGCCCAGCCUCAGCCCCGGGCUUCUGGGAGCCCCCCUGCCCAGGACCCGGCCCCCACCCUCAGCCCUGGCGCCCCCCCGGCGUGGACGGGGUGGAGUGCGGGCUCCCUCAGACACUGACCUUUGGGGGACGCGGUUGUGCGUAUUUUACUUUUCUUUGACUCGUGUGUGAGUUCAAAGUAAAUGGCGCCACCGUGGAACAACUCUUGACUUAAACCCACUAGAGCAAGCUUUAAACUAACCUGAGCGUAACCCUGCCACGUGCUCCAUGCUUGUACACGUUUGCACAGAUUUUGUUUAGUACAGUUUCAUAUUUGUUUGCAGAAUUAUCGAAUAGUCUUUUUUGGCUAAUAUUUUUAUAACGUCGUUCUUAUUUAACUGUCUAGUUUUGAUAGAAUUUGCCAGGUCUGGCUGGGUUAAGAUGUUGGCCGCGUCACGUUAGUGGUGUAACUCCUCUUAUUUAUGGUUUUAACUCUGUAAGAAAGUUUAAAUAGGAAGAGACAAAAAAUGCCUUAUGGAAAAACUAAAGCAAAUUCUUUAUAGGAAAACAUAUGGGAAUUUGAUUAUGCAUAAAAGAUGUUUAUUUAAAAGGAAAAGAAAACUACAACAGUAACAAAAUCGUAGCCUCCAGUUGCCUUUCCCUUUAACUCCUUUUCCUGGUGGAUUACCAAACCGUUGACUUUCAGCCUUUUUGGCUAGAUCCCAAGAGAGAGGCUAUUUUUCUUACUGAUGAAGCAACGUGAAGAAAGUUAAAGACAAAAAAAAUCUAACAUAUGAAUGUGACUCACCAGGUUUUAUCAGCUAACUCCUUUCUGUGACUGAAGGCAUGCAGUUAACAAGACUUCGUUUACAGUGGGAACGUGGGAAGGAGAGGCUUCUGGAACGCUGUGUCUGUGACCCCCUCUGUCUUACUCCACACUCAGGGUAGAGGUGGGGACAGCGGGGGGGCGGCAUGUCGGGGGCAGCCCAGGCUGACAGGGGGAGGGCCCAGGGCUGGCCCCGACCUACGCACCCGCCCUCCAGACACCCGUUGCAACGUAGAAGUAAUCAUCUCUUACUUGGCAGAGGAAAAAAAAUCAUUCUCACCCAGAAGAGAUUUUUAGCGAACGUGCACUAAUCUUACCUCCCUCUCCCCUGCUUUCCUCACCCCGCCCACCACUAUAAAAAAGUAUUAGGUAAGUCACAAAUGAAAGACCAGAAGAGACUUGCUUCUCCCCAGAGCAGGGCCAUUUCCCCCCGAGUCCUGUCUGUUUGGUCAGCCGGCCUGGCGGGCACCUCAGUCUCACUCUACGUGGCGGACGUCUCACCUCUAGCACCAAGGGCAGCUGACAGCUGAGGGUCUCUCUCCUGGGGGGAUGGGGCCCCUCCCCCCUCUCUGGUUCCAGGAGCUCUGACCCUUGGCGCUGGGCACGGGAGGCUGACUCAGAACUGCCUGCUCAGGCCACUCCUGUUGCCAUGUAGAAGAGCUCACCUGUGCUCCUCCCUGGGGCUACCCCCGGCCCAGAGCUCCUGCCCAGCCCGAGACCUGGGGCUGGACCAUGGGCUCCAGAGUCAUCCACGAAGGCCCUUCCGGCCUCUCCCAGCAGCCUGGGGGAGGGUGGGGCAGGGCGGGGCUCGGGGCAAGGUGCUCCCCCGGGAGGUAGGGGCCGACCCCCUCACGGGGCACAGGACCACGCUACUGGGGUCAUGAUUCCUCGUGAGAGUGAGGGGCCCUUCCCGAUGGGACUUUAAGGCCCCGAUGUCACAGCCAGUGGCCCACCCAGGCCCAGGCAGACUCCCGCCCAGCUCCCGGCUCAGGCCCACCCCCAGGCGCCUCGUCCGUGUUGCCCGUUGCACUGAUCAUGAAGCCACUGGUGCUGCCACGCGUGUGGGACACAUGCCAUCAAGCUCCCUCCUGCCGGGCACCGUGGUAGGGGUGUUGCCCAGCCGUUUUCUCAGUCCCAGGGGCGGGUGGCCGGUUUGGAACUUGUGUUGACUGUUGAUACUUAUUUACUGUAUAAAUAUAAUUUAUCAUUUGUAUCACGA